AUGGAUCACUCACCCUCACCACUGCCAGUGAAAAAAGAACCCUCAGAACUAGAUUCAUUGAAGAGAAAAUCUCGUUCAGAAAGCAAUGAUGAAAAUAAGAAGAAGAAGCCAGCCCCAAACCUUGAUGAUAUCAAGCCACAAAAGAUGAAUACUGGUGAGUCCUCAAGAAGCUUAUGUGGUAUAUGCUUUAAUUCCAAAUCAGAUCCUGAUAUGUUCAAAAUCAAUACUUGCAACCACUCAUUUUGCGUUGAUUGCAUUUCCAAAUACAUGGAUUCUCAAAUAACCAACAAAGUGGUUAAAGUGACUUGUCCAAAUCCAAAUUGUUAUACGAAAUUGAAGCCGGAACAUUUGAAGACUUAUUGUCCAUUUGAGGAUUGUUCUAUUUGGUUGGUGAAUGAGGAUUCCGGCGGAGAAGUUGUUGUGACGAGCUGCGAGUGUCCAUAUUGUCAUAGAUUAUUCUGUGCGCAGUGUAGGGUUCCAUGGCAUGAAGAAUUGCGAAGAGUUUCAAAAUUUGAAAGUUCCUAA